UAAAUUGGAAACUUGCACUCACAACUUCAAUAGUAGCAACGUUUUCAGAUUUGCAACCUAGCCGAUUUCAUUUCUGGGCUAGAUCCCUUAUUGAUUGCUUCAUUUCCAUGGUAAUCUCAUGUCAAGAAUUUAAAAUUCAGCAGGGAAGGCAAAGUUUGGAGGAGCAUUUUAAGGGAAGUAGAUUGUUGGCGAACAGUUUGUGAUUGUCAGUAACCUAGGUAUCGAAUAAACUUCAAGCAUGUCAUGGAGCGGAUGUCACUUCUUUGUCAACUCGUGUAGGUUAACGCUAUGGAACUGGACACCAAAAAUGAAUACAAAGAUUGCAGCAAUGUUGGCGUGAAAGAUCUGCAAGCAAAUUUGUUUCCAUUGCUACCAAAAUUAUCCGGUUAUUUUGCGAGUUAUUUUCUGAAACAACCUCUGGAAAUGGAUGAAGCAGACGAAUGUGUGAUCCGAGUGAAAUCAAUAGGUUCCAAGAAUCUUUUUGAUAUCAACAAUUUUCAAAUUCAGCCAGCCAGGUGGCCAACAGAGUGUCAGGUACUCUCUGAAACCGUGGAUCACAUUACAAGCAGUCCUAUACAUCCCGAGCCAUUCUACUCACAAACAGGAUUAGAAAUGCGACCAAAGCCGUCCGGUGAAGACUAUGGAAUGAUAGUCUACCAAUAUUCCGCAAUAAGUGCGGUAAACUAUUUCAGCCGAUCUAGCGUUGGUGGCAGCAAAUAUCUUUUAUCGACAAAUAUAUGCCCGGAGGAAAAUUCACUCAAGUUCGAGUCCAGAUUUGAAUCAGGAAAUUUGGCAAGAGCUAUUCGUCUGACACCAAACUACUAUGAGCUACACUUGAGAUCAGACCUGUAUACCAACCGUUUUAUGCAAUGGUUUUAUUUCCGAGUUACAAACAUGAAGAAAAAUUUCUUAUAUCGGUUCUCUAUAGUCAAUUUCACGAAGGAUGGAAGUCUGUACAACGCCGGCCUUAGACCUCUAAUGUACUCAGAAAAAGACUCCCAGCUUCAUUCUGUCGGUUGGCGCCGAUGUGGAGAUCAAAUAACAUAUUUUUGCAACGACAAUGUAACGGAAGGAGGCGAAGACCAGCAGAUUACUUACACCCUCACGUUCACUGUUAGCUUUCCUCAUGAUGGAGAUACAGUGUAUUUCGCUAGCUGUUAUCCUUACACCUACACGAAUCUUCAAAAUUACCUGUGGCAGCUUUCUAAUCAUCCCGUCAGAUCUUCAUUCACAACUUUGCGUUUAUUAUGCAAAAGCCUUGCAGGGAAUAACGUUGAUUACUUGACCAUCACUAGCCCACCGGAGGAAGAUGAAGUUAGGAAAAAGCGUGCCAUUGUACUCACCGCUAGGGUUCACCCCGGAGAGACUCCUUCUUCUUGGAUGAUGAAAGGCAUCAUAGAUUACUUGACCAGUGACUGUGUCGCAGCCAAAGAACUACGAGACAAGUUCAUCUUCAAAAUCGUGCCAAUGCUGAAUCCUGACGGAGUGAUCGUAGGAAAUAACAGAUGUUCUUUAUCAGGGAAAGAUCUGAAUAGGCAGUAUAGGACAGUAAUGAGAGAAGCAUAUCCUUCAAUUUGGUAUACAAAACUGAUGGUUAGAAGGCUGAUAGAAGAAUGUGGAGUUUCUAUGUACUGUGAUCUGCAUGGUCAUUCCAGAAAACAUAACAUUUUCAUAUACGGGUGCGAAAAUAGAAGACAGAGUGGAAAACAUUUGCAAGAACAGAUAUUUCCAUUGAUGUUACAUAAAAACUCAUCAGACAAGUUCUCGUUUGAAGAUUGUUCCUUCAAGGUGCAGAAGACUAAAGAAGGCACUGGCAGAAUAGUGAUGUGGAUGAUGGGCAUCACCAACAGUUACACUCUGGAAGCCUCGUUUGCAGGUUCCACUCUUGGAUCAAGAAGCGCAACCCACUUCUCCGCUCAGGACUACGAGCAAAUGGGAAAGAGUUUCUGUCAGACCCUCUUGGACUUCUACGAUGAGGAACCUAAAAAGGAAAGAUUGAGGGACAAAAUAUUGAAUAAGCUGAAUGAAGGAGGUUCUUGUGCAGACGAACCAGCCAAUAUAGAUCUGAGUGAAUAUUCAAGCGACGCUGGUAUAUCGACUGACCAAGAAGAACUAAGGGAUUUGAACAGUUGCUGUAGAUUGGUAGUACCACCAUCAACACCCGAUAUAAGAAAUAUACAGAACGAGAACAAAAAUCCUUCCCAAAAUACGAAAGUUCGCAGAAAAGCUCACAUUCCGAGAAGCAGGCAAAGCAUCCACGUAAAGAGGAACAAUUCUAAUAGGACAAUAGCACCGACUAGAGAGUCGUCCGAUAUGCAUAAUAAGCAAACAACAGAAGUACGAAGUGUUUCUUCCUUAGAAAUUCUUCCACCUCGAGAUUUGAACGUUGAAGUGAAGCGUAAAGAAAAUACACCGCAUCAUAAAUUCUUCAACAAGAGGCGUAAUGGAUUAGACGUAGAAGAACAAAUAGGUUUAGUUCAGCAAAGACUGUUGGCUUUGAAGCAUAAAAUCUGGUAUGGAAGUGGAGAGGGAAGCCAACCUUUAUCAUGGGGAAAUCUUUCUCAGGUGGAAAUGAACACAGUUUGCUCUAAGAAGGAUUCUAAAAAACUUGCCAAAAAGAAACGACCCAAAUUGCAAAGGAAAGCCACAAUCAAAGGAAAACAGACGACAGUGGUCAAGCGUAAAUCCUCAGUCAAGAAGGAUUUGAAUAGCACUUUGAAGAGACAACCAGCCAUUGACAUCAAUCAACCCAUCGAGAAUGUCAUUCUAGUGAAGAAAUCUCAAAGUUUGAACGAUGUUGCCUCGAACCACUCAGAAAAAGCUGCCAAUUUGAAGCCUUCUGCAAGCUGUGACGACAAAGAAUGCAAGACAGAUACAAAGAUGAAGAAAAAUAAUAAAAAUUCAGACAAAAUUAGUUCUAAAGCUUUCAAAAGAUAACUUUCCAAUACAGAUUUAACUCAAACUAUUUUGACGGAUUUAUUGUGAAUGAAUCAUUUCACUGCCAUAGAUUUAAUAACAAAUUUGGCUAUAAAAAAAUUCUUCAUACGUAUUAAGAGAAUUUUUGUUUGUAAUCGAUUCAUUGAUGUGAGAUAAUGUUUAUUGUAAGAGUUAGAAAGUCAUUAGAAAUUGAUUUCAUGCUUUA